CGGGGCCCGGCAAGGCUGGGUCCUGGCGGCGCGGCGCGGCUGCCGCCUCAGAGCGCUGGUUACCUCAGAGCGGCGGCGGCCUCCGUGUUGGCGGGGCUUCGCGGGUGGAUGGCUCUGCGCGACCGGGGGAGAGCUCCAUCCGUUCUGAUCCUGAACUAGCCCCUGGCCUUUGGAGGGACUUCCUUUCUCUGCCUGGCCUUUCUCUGCCUGGCCAGCUUCUUUGGAGAGAAGGAGGGGGGCCCCGAGGGCGGAAUCUGACAGCAUGUCCGAAGAGGCGCUCCUGAGCAUGGAUGAAGGGACGCUCCGGAAACUGCUGGAGGCCACCCUGGACUUGACGGAGCGCAGGCAGAUUCGCUCGGCCAUCCGGGAACUGCGCCGGCAGGAGCUGGAGCGAGACGAGGAAGCACUGGCAUCCAAGCGCUUCCGGACAGAGCGGCAGGAGAACAAGGAGAACCGGCUGAGGUCCUGGCAGCGAGAGGAGGAGCAGCGACAGCAGAAGUCUCUGGAUGCCCUUUCGAGAAAGCUGGAGACCAUCCAGGAUGUGGAGGAGCUGACCAGCCUGCUGCGAGGAACCAGUGAGUACGAGGAACGCAAACUCAUCCGGGCUGCUAUCCGCAAGCUGCGCGCCGAAGAAAUUGAAGCUGCAACGUUAGCAGGGAAAGCGUUCAAUAACCGGAGGGCCGCCGACACAGUUCGGGCAUCCAAGGAGCAAGACGAAAACGCUGCAGGAGACAGAAACACGCAGGUGCAGAAGCGAGCCGGGCAGGAGCUGGUCCAAAGCCAGAUGCAGGAGCAGCUGGAUCCCAAGGGGGCCGACGCCCCAGGGUCUUCUUUGGGCACUGUUCUGCUCCUGGAAGCCGUCCCCAGCCACGCGCCUUCCGUGUUAGCUCCUUUCCCAGACAACGAGGCCGGUGGUGAAGACCCUGGGCCCAACUCCCAGGAUGAGGAUGCUGGCCCCGAACCGCAGCCCUCUUCCCGGGAGGAGGAAGAGGAGGAAGCGGGAGGCCUGGCACCCCCCAAAGGCGAGGAGGGGUUGAGCUCCUCUCAAACCAGGAAAGAGGAGCAGCUGGAGGAGGAAGGCGCUGGGGGGGAAGCCCCCCCCAAAGAGGAGUCUCUCCUGAGCCAGAAUAGAGAGGUUGUGUCUCAAGCCCCAGAAGAGGGAGAAGGCGCUGCAGGCCAGGAGGGAGACAGAGAUGCCUCUUUAGCAACUGCCCUGCACGGAGCCCCCCAAAAGGUAGAAACGGACGGCUGCAAAGCUCCCCCUAAGCCACCCGGCGCAGAGCCGUGCCGGGAGCAGCCCUUCCAGAGAGCCGGCUCCAUCCGGGAGCGUGCUCGCCAGUUUGUCUCCGGCACCCCAAACCCUCCGGCUACAUCCCAAAAGGGAGAGAAGGGUGGCAGAGGGCUGCCCGUCCUGCCACGGCAGCAUUUUUUACCCUCCCAGCCGGUGGCCAACUUACCCUCGGGGGACCAGGGCGGCGAUGCUGGCAUUCGGACGCUCCAGGCUGGCAGCACGGCGCAGGAUGCAGCCCGGACCGGCCCUUCUCACGCCAAGGCUGGGGCAGGCAGGCCCCCUUCGCAGGCUCCGGCCGUCCCUAAAGAGGCAGGCGGCCCCCAGGGGCGGGGCCAGGGCAGCCAAUGGCAGGAGAGGAAACUAUCCCCCGCCCGGCCCGGUGUUGAAAACGCCAAGGGGGGCUCCCUGGACUCAGAGGUGCCCUGUAGCCAGCAAAGUGGCUCUGCCCACAGCCCUGCAGACUCCCUGGUCCUCCGUCCAGCUGCUGCCCACCCGGACGACGAGAUGAAGACCCUCCUCACCAUUGAGAUCAAGGACAGCCGCACUCAGCCUCUGCGGGGCCACCUGGCGGGACCCCCGGGGAACCAGCGGGCAGAGCUGACCCUGGGACUGCGGAACUCCCCACUACGCAUCACCUCCUCCAGCCAUGGCAGCUCCAGCAGCAGCUUUGCAAAGAUGGAAGCUGAGUUGCCGAGGCAGCCCAAGGCAGGCCUGCUGACUAGGACGGAGAAGGGGAAGGCGCAGGAAGAGCAGAAGACAGACCGACUGAGCGCCGAAGCGCUGAGCAAAAUCGAGGAGGAAGACGUCUUGGAUAAGAUGCUGGACCAGACAAGAGACUUUGAGGAGCGACGGCUGAUCCGGGCAGCCAUGCGGGAUCUGCGCCAGCGGAAGCGAGACCAGCGGGAAAAGGAGCGGAACCAGCGGCUGCAGGAGUCCAAGGUGAAGGGGGGCUCUCACACCACCGAGACCACCUCCCAGCAGAGCAGCACGUCGGCGGACGGCUCGGCAGUCAGCACGGUCACCAAGACCCAGCGCCUCGUGCAGUCCAAUGAUGGCAGCAAAGCAUCCCGCACAAUCACAAUGGAGGCAAGCUACACGAAGAGGUCAGGAAAAGAUGGCAACACCUUUGUGCAGACCAAGUCCUACAGCUCGUCAUCUUCCAAGAAAGUGGGCAGCAUCUUUGAGCGGGAGGAUCCGAGCCCCAGGUCCGGGAGCAGUCUAGCUGACUUGGAGCGGCGCCAAGCGGAGAGGAAGAAGGAGAUCAUGAAGGCCCAGGCCAUGCCCAAGAUGUCAGCCUCGCAGGCGCGCAAGGCCAUGAUCGAGAAGCUGGAGAAGGAGGGCGGGAGCCCCGCCAGCCCGGCCUUGGCCCGGGUGGGAGUCCAGCGCUCUUCCAGCUUCGGGGUCCCCAAUGCCAACACCAUCAAGCAGAUGCUUCUGGACUGGUGCCGCGCCAAGACCCGGGGCUACGAGCACGUGGACAUCCAGAACUUCUCCUCCAGCUGGAGCGACGGGAUGGCCUUCUGCGCGCUCGUCCACAACUUUUUCCCCGAGGCCUUUGAUUACACGCAGCUCUCGCCCCAGGACCGGCGGCAUAACUUUGAGAAGGCCUUCUCCGCAGCCGAGAGGCUGGUGGACUGCGUCCCGCUGGUGGACGUGGAGGAUAUGAUGAUCAUGGGGAAACGCCCGGAUGCCAAAUGUGUUUUCACCUACGUCCAGUCCCUCUACAACCACCUGCGACGUCACGAGCUUCAGCGACGGCAGUCACACCUGUAGCCGCCUCCUCUUCCGACAGACCCCCACCCCCAAAAGGCCGGGUGGGUAAGCUGGGGGGGGCAGCUUCCCCCACGCUCCCCACCUCCUCUCUUGCCUGCAGAGAUCAGGCGAGGCCGCUCAGCCCGGAAAAGGGACCGGGAGCCUUGGCUGCCGCUCUGCACCACACAUGCUUUUCUACCAAGGUGGUUUUGAUUGUUGCUUGUAAGUUAUUGUAUUGGGGUGUUGUUGUUUUUUUUGACGGCAGCAGCUUUUCUCCUCUCCCCCUCAUCCCUAGAGACCCCCUCCCCCACUGAAGGAAAGCCAAGUCGGGGUCCACAAGUGUAGAACCCCCGUGUGGAGACAGUGGCCUUUUCCAUCCACCAGCAAAGCCCAAACUUCUGAUCGAUAGCUGUGUGUUUCACUUUUUGCACGCCUUUUGACACAGAGAAAGCUCGCCUCUGGCUGUGAAGGAGUGGGGCGUGGGAAGCAAGGAGAGGAGGCUAUGCUCCUGACCCCACCCAUCCCAAAUUAGCUUGCCUCGGUCUUCAGGGAGGCAGCCUUUUGCGCUUGUGUGCCGCGAUCGUGGAAUCGUGGACUUUCCUUGGUUCACAAAGAAAACGCUAAAAGGAGUGCUUUUUUCCAAAACCCAGCCCUGCCAUGUGAAGGGGGGGCACUGUGCCAGCUCCGAGGGGCUCUUUCCAUGCCGCUUGGCUCCAUCAGCCUCUUGCCAGUGGGCUGCUGAGGGGUGGCAUCUGCCUGCCUCCCGUGACCAAGGAGAACCCAGAUGGGGAGUUUUAUUCCUGCGGGUUCCCACCAGGAUGCUGUUCCUCUGGUAUCCACCACGAGCUGACUUGCCCACUUACUUGAGGGACUCCUACGUGGGGCAGGCCAGUCCUUAGGGCUGCGUGAGGUGCAAGCAGGACUGUAGUUUGUGUGCCUGUGCACAGCUGGCCUCUCUCCGGGAUUGUAAUCCUUGCACCACCCACAAGAUUGUAUCAGCACCAGCAAGACAAUAAAACGUUUGGAUUGUG